AUGUUUGCUUAUUUAAGUAAAAAGGUAAAUGGCCUGUCUUUCCUGACUCUGAGCAAGAUAGCCAUUCCAAACAACAAAAAACUUAAGUCUUUGGCCUGGAGUACAGAGCAUGGCUACAUUGCUUGUGGAGGAGAGGAGGGCCUACUGAAAGUCUUGAAGCUCGAAGCUCAAAAAGAGGAUAGUACGCUUGGUUUGGCAGCUCCUACUAAUCUGGCAAUGAACCAAACAUUGGAAGGCCAUAAUGGUAAAUUUUACUGUAAAAUCUCAGCUACACAGGUAUGGUGCAAGUCAUAACCUGGAACGAGCAGUAUGAAAAAAUAACAUCAGCAGACGAACAUGGUCUUAUAAUCGUUUGGAUGCUCUACAAAGGAAACUGGUUCGAGGAGAUGAUAAACAAUAGAAACAAGUCCACAGUUCGUGGGCUAAAGGUGCGUCGUGUGCAGUACUUGACGUCAAAUAGUGGGACAAGGGCGGUCGAAGAAUAUGCAUCGCAUACGAAGAUGGUGCAGUCAUCGUUGGAUCUGUAGAUGGGAAUCGGAUUUGGGGAAAAGAACUCAAAUGCACCGAGCUAGCAGCCGUUGAAUGGGCUCCACAUGGUCGUUCCAUCCUCUUUGGCCUGUCUUCUGGUGAAAUUCACGUCUACGACUCCCUCGGAAUAUUUCUGGUAUAUCUGCAUUUUUACCAGCGACUUGUUGCCUUGCAUGUUAUAUCGUUUUUUUCGUUCCACAAUAUACGCAAUGGACAGCGUGCGUUGCCUAAAGGCACUGUCCACAUUUUUCCACUGGGAACUUUAGCAACUCAUGCCAUCAAAACGCCCAAAAUGUUGUCUUAAUUUGAUUUAUUCUGUACAACUUUUGCAUUCAGACAUGAGUUAAGGACACGAAAGAUUGAGAUUUUUUAUCAUUUUUGCGUCUUUUACAUUAAUUUCGUCAGUACAAUACUUGAUCUAAUAAUCUGAUUUAAUUAUCACUUUCGGACAAAUUGGAUAGUAAAUAGGUCGGACACUUACUAAUUGCGGCAAUCUGAAAUUUAAAAAUAAGUUUAAUGCGCCAAAUUUUUCCAGGACGUUUCAGUAUACGGAAUGGUACAAAACACAUUAUAAGCUAGGAAUAUCUAAAAUUAGAAGAACACAAGACUGGAUCCACUCUUGUUGUAACAACAAGUUCUCUUGGAAAUCAGUUGCUUUGUGGUAAUUUUUUUGCCUUCUAACACGGGAGCCGUAACGGUUCCCCCCCUUCCUACCCUCCCGACUCAGAACCCAGCAUGACUCCCUACCCGCAUCCCUCCUCACACGCUAAUGGUUCGUCCGUCAAUGUUUGUCCUGUCUCGUCUAUUAGUCUAGUGUGACUGUCUCACUCUCUCUUUUCUCUUCAUUUCGUCUGACGACGGGUUGGUGUCACCAAUUCGAAAAUUCGCGGGAACAACUCGAUUUUUUCCGAAGAACCUCUUCCUUUUUCAUUAUAUCGUCUCGGAAUGCCUGCCACUUCUACUCUACAAAAAUGAGUUUACCUAAAAGUGCUUAAAGUAUGUGAGUUUAUUAAAGGCCAUGGAACAUCAUUUAAAAAAUUUUUUCAUAUUGACGAAACACAUCUAAGACAAGUAGAAUUGCCAAAGAAAAGACUCGUCGGCAAAGAAAAAAUGAACACUAACUCUACUUGAUCCAAAUGUUUAUUCAAAGUCUAUGUACGGAGGGGUUGCAUCACUAAGGCUUCUGUCGCCUGCUUCAAAUGUGUAUGUGACAUAUUAUGUGGAAGUUUAAUGAGUGAUAUCACUUCGAUUCGGGCAUAUCAAACGGUUUAGCGCAUGACGAAUCGGUUUUAACCUGGCCACUUAUGUAAGAGAAUAACUGUCUAUCAAUUAUUUAAACUAAGUCUUUCUAUUUAAAAGAUUUGAUGUAAAUAUUUUUUUGAUAAUCAAAACAGUACCAAAUCUAGCUCUUAUUCUCAAACCUAUUUUUUACCGACAAUCUAUUUUACGUCCAAUUAUUUUAAUAAGGACAUAUUCAAGUUUUAAAUGUAUACUUUGUGGACGUUGUUAUGCCAACAAUAUAACUCACUGCUAAGAGAAUGAAUAUAAUUCAAGGUACUGCGUUUCCUUACAGGGAAUACAUAAUCUGAUUGCACGUGUCAUGUUAGAAGAAUGACUGUCACUGUCAAGCGGCAAAUUUUCGUAGCCAUGCUAGUGUGUUAAGUUUUAUGAGCCCAGCACUUUUUUCUGACAUAUACAAAUGGCCUACUCUACAAUUAUUGAAAGUCCUGGGCAUCCAUCGGAGAAAGCUGAGAUUCGAAAUAAUCGGUUAAGUGUUUCAACAGGCUUGCGAGAAAUUUCAACAAAUCCUUCCAUCUUUAAAUAUUUUUGCGGGGAAUUGAUAUAAAUGCCCAGUGGAAACGACUUCACUGGGAAUCAAUAAGACCAAAAUCUUGGUGUUGCAGAAGACACUGGCACUAAGGCCACGCACUUGGGACCAGAUGCCAUCCACGCCUGCCCGCUGCAGGAAAUAACCAAUAUAUUUGACUGUUUUCGAUUCCGCCUCUCAUACUACUGUUGCCCAUUAUUUAUUUAUUUUUUAUUCUGCCAAAAUAGUGUUCUCAAGUUUCGUAUAUUGAAGCAUACAAAUGAUUAAUGAACGGUGAGCGUCCCCUACCAAUGAUUAUUUUCCUAACUUUCGAAGCCCGUUAAUGUGCAUAUUUCCAGUUAUCCAAGGGGAUUAAUCAAAUGUUUGCAAAAUUACGGAAGACUGGCUGAUGUGCACUUAUGAACAUUGUUAAUCUCACUGUUAUGUCAUGAAAUGAAGGCACCAAGAAACAUUCUGUCAAAUGGUUUGCCCUGUCUGUCGACACUAAUUACACGUUUGUUUUUAUUAUAGUCAUUUUUCUUUUGCUUUUUUAGAACAAGCUACCGAUCUAUUGCCUCUAUGAUAUUCACGGAGCAGUCUCACUGGUCUGCAUAACCUGGUACCGAGGCGAAAAGGGAUACUUUGAACAAGACUGCCCCGUACUUGCCAUUUGCUACGACGUUGGACGAUGCCAAAUAAUGAAAAAUGAGAAUGAUACAAGUGAGGUCCUUGUGUUACGGCGGUUGUGUUUAAGAGUUUCUUCUUGUGUUCUACAAUAGUGAUAUAAUGCAUUCAGGAAAAUUGCUAUCAGUACUAUCCAAAACCCUUACACAAGCAGUUCGUAACUAGCUUUGCGAGCCAAUUUUUGCAUACCUUCAUCCACAUCCUCCUACAUUUAGCGCCAACACUCCUUGAGACGGGCAUUCAUAUCACUUGCGCCGCUUGGAAUGAAAAUGGCUCAGUUCUGGCUGUCGGUGGACAACAAAAAUUUGCAUCAGGACAACAGCAGACUGAUCGCGGUCUAGGUGUUGUACAGUUUUACAACCCUCUUGGUGACGUAAGUUCUUAGUCACUAAUGCAGACAUUUUCGUUAUCAGAAAGCAUUUAAAUAAUCCCUUAGUAUCAUCCUUGACAUUAAUGAAGUUUUAUGGCAUCAUGAAUUAUUUUCUAACAUUACCUAUUUUUCGUGACGUCGAAAGCUUCCCGGCUUUCGUUUAGGAUAAGCUUUGUAGACCAUUAUAUAUAUACAUAUAUUAACUGCCUAACCAAUUGUGAGUAGGACGGCUGCCUCAACAGGGUUCCAACCCACGCCUGGAGGAGAAGGACUUCAGUACAACCAACUGCCUAAAUUCCUGUGAUACGAGGCCACGACGGACUGUUUUGAGUCUUUUAUAUAGGGACUUAUGGAUCUUUCAUUAGAUCUUUCCCUCAUUAACAGUUGUUUCGAUUUCGCUUUAUCAUUCUUACUGCCCUAACAAUUGCUUAUUUAUAGCACUUGCAUACUCUGAGUGUACCUGGAAAACAGCCCUCGGCUUGCGCCUGGGAAGGUUCGGGUUCUCUUCGACUGGCCCUUGCAAUUGAUUCGUUCAUCUACUUCACAAACCUGAGGCCAAAAUACCAGUGGGCUUAUUGCCGGAGUACUAGUACGCUUGUCUACGCCUUUACUAGGGCGGACACACAAGAAAGAUGCGUGAUGUUCUGGAACACCAAAAGAAACACGGUAAGCUACAGACUGUCAGCUGAAGGACUCUGUAUAUUUCAAUCCUGUCAUUAGGCCUACUAAAACACAACUAGUAGGCUAGUUAAUGUACUCUAAGCUGUACAAUUUGACGCUGCCGCACCUGCCAUCGUACUAAAGUACUGCUGAAUUGAUGCUUGGUUUCGUUUAUUUUGGUGCCUGUCUAGAUUGAAUCCUGUCGCCAGAAAUGGAGGCGGAAAAAUGUAAUACUGACAAUAGGGAAAAUAGAAUUCUCAGGUAGCAUGACCGAAGAACUGGAAGCGAUUAUAAGAUUGGUCCAAAAACUGAUUUUCAACACUUUUCUGUGACUCGCAAUUGUUUGUCUUUUCGAAUAGACAUCCUUAAUUUUCUUUGAACUGCUCUGACUACUGUUUGAUUUGAUUUGGAAAUGGUUACUUAUUUUCUGCUCUGAUCUUCUAGGGCGAUGUUCUACAUGCUGAAAAGUCGUUGUUUAUGACUUUGGCAAACAUCACAUUUGUUUCCGCAAGCCAUAAACCCUUAAAUAAUUUAAGGUCUUUCGACAAAUGCAGUUUUCAGUUAAUAAGAUCCGUCAAAGAAAUUGUUUUGGAAGUCACUUUUUGAAACUUUAUGCCAUCAUUGCCGAGAUCCUGGCUGGUCUUUUCAGGUUGAGACACAAGUACACACUUUUAGCCGUCCCUUUCCUAGUAUUUUCCUACUUACCGGGCUCCUUCUUCAACCGAAUUUCUCAAACCUGAUGAAGCGUUCUCGUCUCGAUCUAGAGACAAAAAUAACCGGUGCUGCAAAUCAUCCCCAUGCGGACUUGAUGCGCUUCCAAUGCUCCAUCAAUGCUUCGUUUUUUUUGGAGGCUUUGAAGAGUAAUGAAGUAAUAGUGAGAUCAAAAACUGUUAUGGCACCACGUUUAAAAAGUUGGUUAUGACUGACGGACACAUCUAGGAGAUCUUUUAGACUGGCUAUUUAUCACUAUAAAUUACACGCGUAAGGUACCUCAGUAGCUGCUUUGGACAGCCGAAAACGUGGUGGGUUUUUGUACAAGUACUGCGGCAACCGUGACACAGUUGCUUCCGUCUAGCGUGUCUCUGGUUUGUCGUUUAGGUCAGUAUAGGUGAGUAUAUUUUAAGGGUAAUAGGCAAUGCCUUUGAAAACCCUAUUGUAAACGGUACAUGCGAUAUGUAACUUUAAAUAAACACAGUACUCAAAUGUUGUCAGUAAUAUAUACACUUAACAAAAUAUUUUUCAUUGAAAAUGCAGAACCGAAACUCAGACACGUUCAGUUGUAGAUGAUAUAGGUAAAAUGCAAUGACAGUCAUCCUCAUUAGCGGUAGGUGUAUGCAAGGCGUUGGUUUGGCACCACAGAGUUGUUCUGUCCAGACAAGCGGUAUUGUCCUAGCAAAUAUACAUCUAGUCUUUGAUUGAACGUCUCCGUGGUAUCGGACAUUAUUACGUCCUCGGGAAGCCCGUUCCAGGCUCCGACGACUCGCUGUGAACAACAGAAUCUUCGAACGUCCAGGCGGCAUCGCGAUCCUCUAAGUUUUAGGGAGUUCCCACGCAGGUUUGUUGUUGUGGCCAGGGUGAAGAAAUCGUCCGGGUGUAGGGCACAGUCCCGGUUCCUCAAUAUCCGAUAGGCCUGUAUGAGAUCACCUCGAACCUGCCUGUACUCAAGAGGAAAGCGUUUAAGUUCACUAAGUCGGCAGUUGUAAGGUAAAGUCCUGAGGUCUUUCACAACUUUUGUCGCUCUCCUCUGAACUCUUUCUAGCAACUUAUAGUCUUUUUUAGCCACGGGCGCCACGCUUGGAUUCCAUAUUCCAGGUGCGAACGAAUGAAUGCUCCAUAUACUUUUCCAAAUAACUCUUUAUCUAUGUCUACGAAAGUUCGUUUAAUGGCAAAGAGAACACUAGUUGCCGUUUUGGCCGCCCUGACGCACUGAGUGGAAGGCUUAAGAGUCGACAAAAUGUUGAUCCCAAGAUCUUUUUGUUGAGUCACAUUUGAAAGGCACCUUCCCCUAAGCAUGUAAUGGUGAUCCUCUCCGUCGAUGAUGAUGAUUCACUCCUGUCCUUCUCCUUACAAUCCGCGUCGAUUUAAACAUGGAAAAUGGAGCAUAUCGUUUUCAUAAAAAUCUCUUUUUAAUUAUAGACCUGCAUUCAGUCCAUCCCAAGUCUCAUAGCUCUCGCCGGUAACGACGAACACUGUUGCAUCGCCAGCAAGAUUGGCUCCUCAGCGGCAUCAGUGAGUUUUAAAUAUGUUUUACACCUCAAGAAAAGCCUGAAUAUUUUUACUUGGACAGUGAACGCUAGAAAACCCUCCUGAAACUAACGAUCAACAAUCGCCGCAAACAUGUUUCGCGAAUCGAAAUCCAAGUGGGUAAGUCUGGGAGUAGUGUCAUGAUUGCGUCCAAGUCCCCAGACAGUCAUUGACAUCCGUCCAGACAUGGGCUAUAAGCGCAUUCAGUCUCAUACAUCGAUUGGUCCGUUAUCGACCAGUCAUGGGGGAACUUUGUACUCGUCGGCAGUAGAAGCUCUAAACUCGCCACUAGCCCCAGCAACUUUUAUGUGCUCUGACGUCCCCUGACAGGGGCACCACCGUCGGCCGAAACUUACGUAAAAAGGACAGUCGUAAUCUUGUUGAGACAUCCGUAAAUCUAGUGUUAUAAAUCGGUCACUUUUCUGAUUGGUCCAUUGCUGUACCAAUUUCAACCUCUGAGAAUAUGAUUCGUGUCCUUGAGGACUGGCAGUCAACUUUUUCUUGUGUACCAGCUAUCAUAACCACCAAUCGAGACACGAGUUGUGAAUUCAGCUCCAUAGUGUCGUUGAAAGGGGUCUUUCGCAAAAGGCGUGUUCUAACCACUCAUACCAUCGGCCAGUCAACAGUUUAGUUUUGGCAGAAAAGAUAAGACUUCGUCUCAUAACCUAGUACAUGCGCAGCUAAAUGACCGAAGGUCUAACUAUCGCAUCUCCGUAUCUAAGUUACACUAACACGUCACAUUGGAUCUCCUUCGGCUUUUGUCGUCAACCGUAUCACGCGUACCGACUGUCUGCUAGGACAGUUUUCAGUGUCAAACAGAACAUGAUGACUGAGGCAGGCUGAAGGGGAAACGAAUUCCAUCUGUCACUACCCGGAAACAAGGUUGUGUUUCGCAUCUGAUCGCGCCUCUGUAUGGGGAAGUCUGAGGCGCAGCGUGGCCUAAAGCCCCUUUCCGGCGAUGAAGCAAGCUCGCAAAAACAUUUUAUCGUGCCCCAAAAACCAAGAAGACACACUACUCAUCCAGGGGCUUUAGUUUGUCCUUAUUAUAGGCGACCCCCUGCUUUUCAACUUUGAACGACCGUCCCCCAGGUAUCCACCGAUCCAAAUAGCGAAAUGGUUUCAUCAGCAGAGACAUCACUGUUGUUACCGCACACUUUCAGCCUUAGCGCCCGAUCAGGUCACAGGGUCGAUAAACGACAGACGCAAUCUGGGAGAAUUGUGGACGCUCUAGUAAGGCGCGUCGGCGGCACAGCACUGCCCAAUUUACAGCAAUGAAUGAAUGAUUAGAAGCGAUUUCAUUGGCCGAUUAUCUGCCAAUCUAUCGGUCAUCAUCUUAGAUAGGACGCAGUUAGGUCAUGGGCUUGUAACGAGUAAUAAUCAAUUAAUCUGUGGUCAAAUUCAGGAUCACAUUGAACUACGUGGGUAGAGAAAAUCGUGAACUGCGGUAAGUGAGGAGUGGAGGGCUUACACGACUCGGGAACACUGGUCUCAGGGUGACCUCAGGGUGAGGACCCAUUUUGUUUUGAUCCUGGAGGCUCCAUCAGAGAACUAUUGCACUGCACCCCUAGUUAUACCAAUAAAUAAACAUUCCUUUUGUCCCAAACGGCAAGGGCUGCAGACACUGAGAUGGCAGUUUCGUGACUUGACAGACGUUCGUCCGGUGGAAGUCCCUAUCACCGGAAGACCCAGCUGGUCUCAAUCGGGUCGGUGGCCUAUCCUGUCAGUACUCUUCGCUGUGUGAAUCGCAUUUCUAGAGGAAGCGCACAAUACAAUUAACUACUCCAAAAGAGUAAUGGCAGACGGACUGCACCCAACUGAUGUCAAGGCCAAUAAUUCGAUAUUGCAUCUGAGCACGCAGACGGCUUACGCCACAGUGUGUAGGCAUCGGUCAUGCUUAGGUGGGUGUUAUUGAUCAGCCAAUCAGUGUCAAGUCGGGAGGCGGGUGUAGCGCCAACAACAUGGUGAGGUACCAUCCGUCGCGGCAACCGGCUCAGUGGAUGAACAAUUUGCGCUUGUGUGACGUUCCAAAAGAUAAUAGCACACAUAAGUAAAUAUUAUGGAAUAUUUUUUUGUUUAUCAGCUGUAAAGGGACAUAGCACAGUAGAACGGACGUCCAGUCUUCACAUUUUAAGCAUGAGCAGCUAAUAGCGUUGUUUGCGGAUACGUCUGCGGUAAACGGCAGGGCCUCACGUGGUUUACUUAGGGGGAUGUCAUUGACUGGACGACCAUCUUCACCUGCAACAGAGGCGGAAUAUCGUAUUUAAGGCGCUUCUUCGAUAUUUCUAACAAAAAGUCAAAGACUCGGUGCUCGAUCAGUCUUCUUCUCCAUUUCUGUACACACCUGGAACUCAAACAUUUGCCUCCACCCGUUUAUCUUGCUUGUUUGGUUUGCGCAAACACUUAAGGACACAUUCUCUCAUGAAGUGACAACCCAGAAGCUCAUGUUUCCCACACAUCUGUACGACCAGUCGCCGACAGUUUUAGGCCCCGUUAGUUUGGAAAGCUGUGAGGUGGGCUGAAUGAGAACUAUGCAUGACGAUAGGAAAUUCUUCCGUCAAUCCUUUAAGUGCCAUUGCCGUCUUUACCAAGGGAAGUAUAGUCAAAAAAUACAAGGUAGACCAGAACAAAUAUUCCUUACCCGUUACCAUAGUUAGUCACCGACCAUGAAGACCUGACGUUCGGACCGGGGUCUGCUUGAUCGUUGGAAUGAAUGACCUAAAAGUGGCGUUUUGUCCUCACUCUCUGAUGGUUUCUAUCCGGAAUAGACGAAAUUGCACGAAUGUACAAUUCAACGACUUCAUCUACAUGCGGCACGGGAUGUGGGGGUUUGCUUUGCCUUGGAAUCGCUGUCUAACAGCCUCACAUGCGGCCGAACGGUGGCUACUGGUGAUAUUCAAUUUCCAGACGUUGGCGGUUAAUGGGCUGGAGGUUAAAGGCACCGGUAUCCCAGUGUCCAUCGUCAGAAUAGUUUUAGUAUACUGAAGAUGUCGCUGCAACCGUCAUAGCAGAAUCGUUUUUUUUAUUCGAAUACUUCUGUCUACCGUUCCCAUUGGGGUCUUCAGAGGGAACGCCCAUUACCCUAAAAGAUGCAAAACUGUGGGAGGAGGUCCGACAUUGAGCUGCAAGGCCCAACGGAAUGGACAUGUCCGGCAACCCGAUUGGUGAACGCACUUCCAGUCGCCCUGUCUUGUUCGGUAACUCUCCCUGACUAGUGUUUACGCUCCGCUAUGCGAGAGUUUGCAGAGACCCCAGACCCAAAAAUUCCGAGGCAUAAUAGAAUCGAUCUGAAAUCUGUCCUGAGAUCGGGAUAAACAGUUGAAGUCUACUCCCGCGGAAAACUUACUCAUCUCGUAGGUUCGAAUUUUCCUAGCCUUGCGUUCUUGUCAUUUUCAUUUUAGUUCAGGAUUGCCAUCUACAACAGCCUGGGCUCUAUUAUGGACAGUAAGACGGUAAAGGUGGAGCCGAAGUGCCUUGCCAUGGCCGGCGGCUACGUCAUCAUCGCGGAUAGCUCACUGAUCCACCUGUGGCAAUUCAAAAACCCCAAAACCCUCUUUGGCAUGGGUGCCGCCAUUCACGUUCGCAAUAAACAACGAGAAGGUCUGGAGCGGUAAGUCAAACUUUGCCCUCCAUAGCUGUUUUACUGCUGACAGUGACUUAAAAUAACAUCGUUGGUCCAAAUUAUUCCUGCGGGGUUUGUAUGAGAUACAAGUAAUUAAAGGAGACUUGACGUGCUUGUUGCUUGCCUGUCAGCCAUUAGCUGUUUGAUUGCGCGUAUCUGUCCGUUCUCUGCCUGCAGUUUUACGAUGACUCGCGUCAAUGGGAUUCGUUAACCCGACAAUUCGUGAGCCUACGUGCCUAUUCGAAGUACUCGCACCGUGAUCACUCAUCCAGUUAUUAGUUAGGGAGGUUUCACACAGACUACAUGCGGGAAAUGACCCAGGUGGCUGGCGCGGCCACGUCUAGGCGUGUCACUACAAUUGAUACUUAAAUACAAGACUGAUUUCAAUGGUUGUUUCCGGCUUAUUUGCCGUCACCAGUUAGUCACACUCCUUCGCAGGCCAGGGCAGCCUGUGCUUUAAACCCAGGCUUAUUCGUCAUCGUGUUAUGGCAAGUACCAAGGUUAGGUGGAUCAGAAGUAGGGUUUUCAUUAGGGCGGGGAGCUUAAGCUUGGGAUUAGUGUUAGAGUUCGGGUCAGAGCUAGGAAGUAUAGUAUAGUAUACCUAGGGUAAUAGGCAAUGUCCUUGAUGACCCUUUUGAAAACGGUACAUGCGAUGUUAAUUUUCAACACACAGGUUACUAAAAUGUUGUCAGUAAUAUAUUUAUUAUCCGAAAACAUUUCUACCGUAUGGAACUGCAGAGGUUACGGCAGACGGUCCUUUCCAUGUACAUUUGAGAUUAUAGCCACAAUUGUAUAUACCUGGCACGAAAUGUAGUCAUUGGUGUAGUUUUCGGAAGGAAUUUGCAUCAAAAGUACAGAGGUGCCUUAUACAGGAAGCGGAGUAAAGUACGUGGCUGGUUACAGAUAGUCCUGCAGUGAGAGUCGCCGUUUAUUGAAGAUCAGACAAUCCAACUGCCAUUUGAAUACAACCGUUGUGCCAGAUGUCGCUAUUUCACUUGGGAGUGAGUUCCACGGUCGAGCCACACGCUGACUAAAUGAAAGCUUCCGAUGGUCUAGGCGUGUACGCUCCCUUUUGACCUUGUACGGAUGACCGUUCAGGUGACUCAUGAUCGUGAAGUCAACGAAAUCUUCAGAUUUGAGUAAACAGUCAUGCCCGCAGAUAAUGCGAAGUGUCCAUAACAGGUCACAUCUACUUUGUCUAUAGGACAGGGGGAACAAAUUAAGCUGGAUAUGACAGAAUUCUGAGGCCGUCCACCAGUUUUGUCACCCGUCGUGCAUCGGCUUUAUGGCAUCACUGUCUUUCUUCAUCCAGGGCAUUCACGUUGGCAUUCUGUAUUCCAAAUGCGAUCUGACGAACGUACUGAAUAUCUGUAAAAAGAGUUCGGGAGGAAAGACAACGAAGGCAGGCCUAAUCCAGUGCAUGAUGCUAGUUGAGUUUUGGAUGGUUCUUUUGCAGUGCUCGGAGGGCAGCAAGUUUGAAAUUGUCCAGCUACCUAGGUCUUUGUUCGUGUCCACUUCUUUUGGUGGAACCCCAUUUAUGGUGUACUCGUGGUUUGAGAAGCACCUCCGACCAGAUUCUAGGCGCAAGACUACACAGUUGGAUACAUUGAACGCUAGAAGCCACUUGCUGGACCAUGCAGCCAACUUAUCAACAUCUUCCUGUAUUUUCUGCUCGUCCUCAACACAGCCGGUUUUUUUCCAAAUCUUUAUACCAGCAGCAAACAUGAAGGCAUCGCAUUCAAGAUCUCCUGUACAAUCGUUUAUAUGGAUGAGGAAGAGGAGAGGACCAAAGACCGAACCCUGUGGAAGGCCGCUUUCUGCUGGCACUCAUUCGGAUGCAGUGGUACUAACAAUUACUCCUCAGAGGGUUAGAGUUAAAGUUGGGACACAAAAUCAGGUGCCCCUAGAAUUGACCGCAGGACUACAUGUCGUACGGAGGGGCCCCUAUUUACGUGUCUGACCCAUAUUUCCGAAUGAAUGGGCAGGUCGCUAUCUGUUAAGUCCUUCAGAUCAAACAAGCCCCUUUUGGGGUGGGAGGCGUUGGAAAUGGGUGACCAUCUACCAGACGAAAAGGAGGUGAGAAGGUCGAGGCAACGGCUAUUUUGUGUUCAUUCUGGCCGGAUUUCCGACCAGCGUCUGGGUGAAUCUAUGAAAGAAGGUAUGGUAAUUUCUGGAGAAAGGUAUGCAAUCACUUGAGACUAACACUUUAACUAAAGCACGCCAUCGAAGUUAAUCGACAUGAAAAACGGGCAUUCCAAGAAACUCAAGUAGGAAGAAGUGAUACUGAUAGAAGCAAACAGGCGAGUUCCAGGUAGCAGUUCAGAAGAUGAAGAUGCGAUCACUGGAACAAGAAAUUUAUUUGCCUGACGUUUCGGAUCCUCACUCGAAUCCAUCAUCAGAGACAUUCGCAGAUACAGGUGAUGGUGGCACCAGGAGUGCAGUAUUUAUAGCACGUGGCUGCCGUGGGACCGUAUGCGCACUGCAAUUAACAGUUCUCGCAAUCACCGCUGGGGUCGUAAUUGAUGCGGUGGUGGCUUGUCGGUCCGAGUCCGAGUCGUUAAUUGCAGCGAUUUCGUCAUCCGUGCUGGAUGCUGAUGUGACGAUUGCUCGGCAAACUGGCUCACUGUCACCGUGAUGAUUGCCCGCCCGCGCCCUCCCCACGUGACUGAUUCUCCUGUCCAGGGAAAAUCGCAGUAGGGUAUAGGGUACCGGGAGGUCAUUGUGUUUGUGCAUCAACAAGCUAACUGCUUCUCGCGGAAGGGCAUUAGAUUGCAGCUGUUGAUUUCCACUUUCCUACUGCAAUUCCAGGUGGGCUUAAGACACAUUACAUUUCCUUUAUUAAAGUCAAGGAAAGAAGUCGACUUUCCAAGUUGUUUCCUUGUCAUCCAGGAGUAAUGUUAAGGUGAUUUUAUCUCUCCCCCCCACUUGGACAGAAUGGCGCACAUCGACCAAAGGGAGAGCGCCAGCAACCUCUCGAAAAUGGGUAUCCUAGAUGUGGACAAACCACAGACUCCGGAUUUGGGUCUUUUGGCCGCACCUUCCACGAAGGACCCCAUUGCAGCCAUUGCUACCAGCGGCAGUCGACACCUCUUCGUCGCUCGUUGCAGUGGUGAAGUGGUGCGCUACCGUCUUCCUGACCUCUGGUUCGAUCUGGCCUUCCAGGCGACAGAGAAGCGUCCAAACCGCAUCGAGGUGAACGCCGACGCAUCGUAAGUCCAGUUAACAUUCUGGCCCUCUCUCUGAAUUAUGCCCUUCAACUGCUCGUUCACGCACCUAGCACCAACCGCCAAAAACGAGCAACGCUUGUAAAGUUAAGGACUGGGUGUGAACAUCACAGUCAACGAGCGAUCUCAUGAAAAGUUUGCCGAAAUUCUGAAAUGCGUUUUCGACUAGGAAGGAGUACCUAAGUGGAGUUGUAAGAUUGACUACUGUUCAUCAUAAUCCCAUAAUAUUUCGGACUCGCCAGGAUGCUGGCUUUUGAAUGCGCUGCUUUUCGAUCGCCUCUAGAACCCGCACGCGAUGAAAAAUAACUACUUAAGUAGUAAGGAUUCUACCAAUUGCUUAUCGAUGCCCUUAGGAAUUUAAAUACAUUUCAUAGAAAACAUGCACAAAAUAUUCUUUUAUGUACUGAUUUAGCAGAAAAUCACGAAGUUUCGAAGUUUUGUACUCGAAGAAAUUGUUUCUUUCAGUUUUAAAUAAGUUCUCAAUCAUGAUAUUUUUUUCAAGAACUUGCAAUGUCCAUUCAAAUCGCAUCGCAUCCGUCCGUCUAACAGUGUCCCUCAUGAAGUAGACAACAUGGUCCGUGUCCAUUGCGAAAUUUUAUGAGCUUUAUAUGGGACAUUCUUAAAGGCAUAGAUGGGUGUAUGAUUUUCUUUACGCAGAAAGUAUACACUUUAUGGACGCAGAUGCAACGGCAAAUUAUACUCAAAAUUAUUGGAAAAUUGAAAGACUUAUUUUACACCUAAACAUGCCCCUCCUUUGAGCAUAAAAUUUAGAGAAGACACGAUUUUCUACCAAAUAUGUGUAAGAAAGAAUAUUUUUGUGUAUUUUCCCUAUGAAAUAUAUUUAAAUUUAUAAGAGCACCGAUAAACAAUCGGGAAAAUCCUUACCAUUUAACUAAUUAUUUUUCAUCGUGUGGGGUUUUUAGAGGCGAUCGAAAAGAAGUGCAUUCGAAAGUUAACAUCCUGGCGACUCCGAAAUAUCAUGGGAUUAUGAUUUACAGUAGUCUCUCUUACAACCCCACGUAGGUACUCCUUCCCGGUCGAAAACGCAUUUCAGGAUUUCGGCAAAAUUUUCAUGAGAUCGGUCACUGACUUUAGACUACUUUUCUAACACCCUCAAAAAACCACAGUCCUCGUGCCUGACUUCUUGGCGACGCUGAGCGAUAUUCUCAACUGGCUGACUGUUCGGGGAGCAUUAUCAACCGAUCAAACUGGUAGUCUGGUGGACUGAUAACCAAGAUGCGGAUAGGUGUGGACAUGGUUUGUGCUGCGCAACAUAGGUGUGUUUGAACUGAAUACAGAGCUCUGCGUUGUCCUCUUAGGUUAUAGUGGCCGCUGGCGAAGCUAGGGCUGGUGUUAACUGCGCCCAAUCAUGCUUGAUUAUUCGUGGGACUGUGGUAACAGCUGAUUUCAUAGGUUCCUUGGGCAAACUAGUGUUCAGCUGGUGUGUGUAACAUUUGUCGAGGAGUGUCGUUCAAAUGGAAGAGGUGGGGGGGAGGGACGUGGUGGUCUGUUCAGGUGGCGCACGCGGAGCUGCGAUUGCGUAUACGCGCGUGUGUCCAAGUCGAAAAACGUUCGAGUGGCCGCAGGUCAGCGCGUCUGGGAUCGUUUGCUGCGAAAGUGAAUGACCUUGAUGCAACGGGGCCUCGAACAUGGACGCCAGACACGGCCAUGAUGCACUUAUCCGCACCCUUCCUCCUCCCCCUAGCCCUCUCUGUCUCCUGACUCGCUCUCAUGUUACCUCUCCCUACUCUCACACCCCACGCGUAUGAAAAGACGAACUGUAAUGCAUUUUUCUUAUGGCCAACAUGUUUUACUUGCACUCCGUUCCAAUAUAAAUGCACUGGUCCGACGAUAAUUACGAGACGGUUUUUCGUUCGUGGCGGUCGACGAGCCGACCCUUAUUGCAACGCUGUGUCCGUCGGGCUUAUGGUCUACUUACGCAGCCUCUAUGCCCUCAAGCGUUUUAGUAUGAUAAACCUACCUCGCCCUUAUUCUUCUGUCGGCGGGUUGGUUUCCACAACUUGAAACUUCACGAGUGCGAGUUUGCCUUCCUAUGACUUCCUCCCUCAUUACACAAAUUACACAUUAAAUGUUACUAAAAUGAAAAUAGUAGUUCUUAUAAACGCGUUAAACUUGUGUGGGCAGAAAUUCGACAUUUCGGAUCUGAAAAGGCUUGUCAGAUCAGACAGUUAAAAGAACAAUGGAUAUUUUGACUUUUUUGUUAUCAUCUCCGAGUUAUUAUGUGCUCUACAUCAAAUUUUUUGACAGGAGAGUGAGAGACUAUGAGACUGAGCAGUACUUUUUAGCUAUUAUGCGCAGUCUGAAUGCGUCUUCUCUACCCCAAAGGAAACACCCAACCUGCUAACACCUACAAACGCCAAUAUUGACUCGCACCGAUAUUGUUUUCUUUGUGCCAGUUAAAAGCCGGUUUCUAUUCUUCGACUGACUCCCUUAACCUUCUGAAAGCAUCCUAGGACUGAUUGAUGAACACGGAUUACUCACUCUACACGAGGUGCCUGAUGGUCAGGAGGAGAAUGCGACCUCUCAGAAGGAUCAGGUCUUGUUUGACAACUUUCUUCGCAAGGAUGUAUGGGAUCUGAAGUUUUCUGAGGUGAGGAAAGUAGUUGCAGUAUGCCUUGAAAGUUGUACUAAAGAAUUAAAGUCAUCAAUGGAGUGAAAAAUAAUUGCGAAAAUAGAAGAAAACGUUGCUUUACAAUGCAUCAGCGGAUUUGCUUAGUAGUUGCUUAUUUCGUCUUUGAAGGACGACGCAAAAAUGUUUGUCGCAAUGGAGAAGACAAAAAUGUUCAUUUUCCACGGUGUGGAGGCUGAACCGGCUAUACAGACAUCGGCUUACAUUGCCGGUUUCCGUGAUCUUGAGGUACUCGGGGUACUGCUAGACGACCUCAUUCAACAAGCCGAUCAGCCGAAAUUGAAUUCCAUCUCGAACAUACCUGUAAAGGUGCGUUACCCCAUGCCUACCUACAUCAAGUCUCACGACUGUUUGAUGGAAUUUUCCCUGUCCUAUUGUCUGCAAAUUGAGUUGAGCACAGGGUUUAAUAUUCACAAGUCCAAAAGAUUUCAGUGCAGUUUUGCUAUCGAGUGUGGUUAUCCAUUUUAAUUGAGCGACAGCGGUGUAGUGACUCUUGAAGACAAGCAUUUACAAAAAAGGAGCUUACCCAUUUGAAAACAACUCGUAAUCUAGUUUUUUGAUAUCAGGACGUACAGGACUAGCCGCACACCCGCUCACUGACUCAGGAUGGUGGUUCAGGCCAUGGUCGGCUGAAUUCAGACAGAAUCAGUCCGGAACAGUUCUAUGCCAAUAUGCUUCUAACUCCGUAGUCACCCAUACGCCAGCUUUAAGUCGAGUUUACUCCAAGUUUAAAGGUGAACUCAGCUGCUCAUCGAAGCGACUUGCCGUUGAGUCACAGACUCAUGGCCUCUAAUGUGCGACUGAUAAUCAAAACCUAAUGCGAGUGGCCUUUAUUGACCUGUCCUCGCAGCAGGACGAAAUAUGAGGGUCUUUCGGGGACACUUAAUCAUCAUCUUCGGCCAGGCACUCUGAAACCCACGUCUUUACAACGACAGACAGCUUUAAGAAAAAGAUGGGCUCAUAGGAACAGGUUUAUUUAGGUGUUGGAGUUUCGAUUAAGUGCACUUUACGCUUAGACACUGAGGAGCCGACCAAGCUCUUCAAAACGUCAGCACCUGAAUAAACCUGUUACGGUGAGCCCAUCUUUUUCUUCAAAUCGUCAACCCGGAUCUCUCAAUCUUGUCAAUGUGUGUGGACAAACUGAUUGUGCUGCUCUUCUAACCUAAAAGGGCUAAGCUUCUCGUCUAAACGGAUGCGCUAAUUCGACCCAUAUGGAAUAGAUUGUGUCGAACUGCCGGACGAAAGCCGCUUCGAAGUGCAUUUAAUGAAAGUCGGGAUUUAUUAAAAAAAUACUGUUUCUUUCCCUCCUCAAAUGCCAACUUUGAGUUUGUUUUUUACCCUUCUUGAAUUCCGAAAUGUCUGACUGAAAUUUACAUAUCGCCGAACCAUCAUUCGUGAAGUUAUGUCCUUUUGCAUUAUAACUGCCAGGACCUAUACGGUACAUUGCUUCAAGGAGAUCUGUCGAUAACUAUGAAGCGUGCACACAAUUUUAUUUCAAAAGAGGGCUCUUAAUAACAUUUGUCCGCGUAGCCAAAUGUUAAAACAAUGAGAACUCUAAAUUUCCCCAUCUUCCACUGGAGGCAGCGGGGCUUUUCUCGUCAAUGUACCACCUGAAUCAUAGCUCUUUAUGGCCGGUAGGUCCUCUGUAUCAGUGUGUCAGGAAACCAGAACAACAUGCUGACAGUAUAAAGACACAUCAAUGUGAACCAUGUUGCGGCUAGAAGCGACGAGGGUGAACUUGGCCAGUUAAAGGUCGGUCAGGGCUCCUCCUAGCCCCAUCUGAUGCGGCAUUAUAAUAACUAUAAACAUACUACUCACGUUUCUCAGUAACUUAUUGGUUUUACGUGAACUUGGGCAUAUUGCAUGCAAGUGCCGUGAGGGUACUGUUCGCUUUUAUUUUGCAAAUUAUUCACUUGCUUAACCCGCCUGUUCUAUUCGUUGUCUUAUGCAGUUAGCAUACUAGAAAGUGCCUGUAAAAUAUUUUUAACAUAAUUACUUUUAAGUCAGAGUUGUACUGUUUAAAUGCAGUUUUCAAGGAUAUCAGUCAUUUAAUCCAAGCUGAUUGAUUGAUUGAACAUCUAGAUUACGUGACCUAUCUCAUGAAAUCUGAUAACGUAAAUUGAUGCCAUAAUUUCUGGAUGUCUUUAAUGUUGCAAAUUUUGUUCGCUCAUCUACACCCUUCAAUGGAAUGUCCUUUUCUUGUACAGCAAUUGUGUUUACGUAAUUAUAUCAAAUAAAGUAUCAGUAAAUUUUAGCGAAAAUGGACGCUGGAAUAUAUUUGUGUAAUUUCCUAUGCUAAUACAUGUCCUAGACUCCGGUUACGCAUCAGAGCAACUUUUUCAUUGAAAGGAUAGUAAUUUGCCCGCGAGAGUUUUAAUAAACAGAUUUAGCCGAACUUGAAAAUCUAUUUCAUGUCCGAUGUUAACCGUGGUAAACAACCUGCUAACACAAAGAUGAUUUUAAGAUAAUCAGAAGUUUUAUCAAUUCUUAAACGUAAACCUGUGUUUCAGGCCCUUAACGACUGUCGAAUAUUACUCGAAAACAACACCCUUGAGAAGGCUAAGGCCUUUGUUGAAGAGAAUCCGCAUCCACGUUUAUGGUGAGUUCUACAAAAAACUUCAUGUUCAUAAAAUUCUUCCAGACAAGUGAAUGCAUAUAAAUUAGGACAUUUACGAUUUUUCGGAGGGGAGAGAAACUUUUUAGGCAACCGUCUCCUGUCCAUUGACCGGAUCAGAACGAAGUCCAUGUACCAUCUUAGGUCUUUUUGGGGAAGUACAGUAAGCCACUAAGACAGCUAUCAUCAUUCGUUGAGGGUUCCCUCCAGCGGUCUGGCUGCAAAAGUCAUGACGUCAGAGCAGUCCGUACGUUUGCGGAGGGCAGAUGUCCAGGGGAGAUAAAACAGGCGUAAUGCGAUACUGAAAUUCCCGCAAUAAAGACAGUUUUGGUUAUCGAAGGACUCCAGAAAUCCCCCUUAUUAGCGCGAUGAAACUUUCGAAACAAGGACACCAGAAGGAAGCACGAACAGGUCAUGCCUUCAUAUCGGGGUCGUCUGUCAUGUGGAUGACUGAGGAGAUGCCGGAUUCACCUUCUUCAUCAGAAACGAUAAGUGAGGACUGAGUAUGAAGACCCACUGAGAAACUGACUGGCAGGGACUCCUGUAUAAGGGGAAGGAUGUUCGUAUUGAUUUUAUCAGUACGACAGAUGAACGCGGUAGUUAACGAGAUCUGUGGGAGGCAUUGAGAAUGCUCGUAUUUUCACCGUAUGCUUGUUUUAUUACUCUAACAACGUACCGAAACAGUCUCGUCGUUUGAAAGCUGCGAAUUUGGAGCGCGUAAACUGGCGGAAAACAGAAAACACAUGGUUAUUUCUUAAUGAUGUCAGACUUAGGUAAGAUGGUAGACCACUGGACUUUAUAACGCUCAAUGACCAAAGAAGGUGCAUUUGGGACUCAGACCCUGCAAACCUGCGAUUAAGUGUGGGUGGCUGACGAUGGUUAACAGUCAAAAAAUGACCAUCCCAGUCUCCCUUGUCCCUGUUUUGAAUAAACUACAGAUUCUGGCGAUUAAAAUGUUGAAAGCACAGUUUCUUAGCACGGCAUUCGACACGGGGAAUCGAUAUGGACUGUGGAAGAUCACGAUGACGUUAGAGUGCACUGCAAGGCUCGCACUGAAUAUAUGGUGACUCAUGUAACGGACUACAGGCCAACCCCAGAAUUAUUAGCUGGAAUGAGUGGAGUGAUACGGAGUUGCGCAUUUCGCCUAACUCUCGUUCUUCUCAUAGUCGCCGCAAGUGUUUGUGUGUACCUCUUGAGAGGGAUGUCCAGGGACUGGCAGUAGAUAUAAAACCAACUGGAGGUUACUUGACAUUCGCCAUAAGUAUGCCUUUGCGAAAACCCCCAUGACUAGGAUAAAAUAUCUUUUGCCCAUAAUCGUGCACCGAAAACUAUAAAUGGAGAAGGUUUUCAGCGGAGCUUGGACCUUGUCGCUUCCGGGGGCGUCAACUGCAGUCUGACCGUUAGUACAGAGAAACUGGCUGUUAUGUUGUAUCAUAGUCAGCAGUGGCAUCACCGAUGCGUACUAAAUAUCCUGUUUUGGAAGAAGCAUCUGAAGUUGCAUAUUAGAUCUCUAAAGCCAACCAGGCAUUUAACAGGUGCUCACCUUCCGCACUGAAUGACGAAAUAUUCUCCUCAACGUCGGACGGAGUAGAAAGUGGUGGCUCGGAGAAUCUACCAAAAUACACAAAGAAAUCAAAUCACAACUCUCCUUUGUGAAUACUGGAGAAAAAUUGGUCAGAAUAGAUCUCCUAUACUCAGGCCAUGGAAUCUACUGGCAUGUUGAGAAUCUUAAAGUUAAUGAAGGGAAUUUAACUGCACUGGAACGAUCGCAUCGCGAGGAUGAAUAGUGAGCACCCAACGAAACUGCUCCUCCGUGGAGACGUUGUAUUAGAUACCGCUUGUUUGACCUUAAGCAGUGUUACCGGGACACCUUGAAGGAUUCACUGACAUGCUUUAGAAUCUGUCAAAAAGAAGGAAACUCUUUCGCUUUAUCAACGGUCAUAGCGACCUGCAAUAAAUUCUUAAAGAUCAGGUUUUGGGAUGCAUCACACACAGGAUGUCAAGGUGAAGCGACAGGCACACCGGUGUACCUAUUCCCACACCUCGAGAACGAUAUCGUCUUAUUCGGUUAGAACAUCGCCUACCAGGCAGUUACACGCAAUAACUGAAAAAGCAUCUAUAUAUGUCGGAGAAGAGGUUUACGCGACAGUAAUAAUGCAUUAUAUAACGGUAAGUGGUUGUAAAAUAUCCAUCGGUUCCGGAGUCUAAGGGGAAGACGGAUCGUUGUUCUUCACUGUAAGACACAAAACAAUUCCCGCCUCCCCUUUUCCUUUUUUCAUUUCCUCGAAAAAUACAAAGCAGUAAUAUUGGUGGCUACACACUGACGAGUUUUUAGCUGAAGCCGGAAUCGCGUCAUUCGAUUGAUCAAGUCAUGUGUUAUAAGCCAAAAACUAAGGUGAAAUGUUUGAUCAACCAUUGUGCCCAAUUGGGUACUGCUGAAUGAGGGAGGAGCGAGUUUUAUCGGCGCGACAGAAAUCUUCCCCUUUUCCAUCCUCGUGUUCUUAAGUCAGUUUACAUUGUUUGUUCAUCCCCUUUGUUAGGCAUUAGGCUGCGCAUAUUGCUGCCGUCGAGGUUGUAUUUCGUGAAGCGCUUCGGUUAUGCUUGGAAAAUUCAGUUCUGAAAAAGGUUUUCCACGUGGUUUUUCUAAGAAGUUUGAUGCUCUGUCAAAUCAGGUACCCUAGUGACCUUGAAUAGCCGUACCAGCUACCCGCGGUCUCCUGUCUCCUAUAUUCUUGACCAUGUCCUUACGCCGGGCCCCGGUGGGGCAGGAGGGGACGGUGCGGUAGAUGCUGCGCAAGUCUUCUGUCAUUAUCACACGCGAUUCACCGUCCGUGCUCUCACCCUGCUAUGGAGCACGCGGUGGACACUGCGAAAUCGACGGUCGAACUGUCGCAUUGUGGCGCCUUUUUGAGGGCUUAUUGAGAGACUGCCGCUUGCUUCGUAAAUCGUCCCUCACCGAUGGGUAGAAUCUCUUUAAAGUGUUUUUUCUCUCUGUUGCAUCUGAAGGUCACUAAUAGCGGAGGCGGCCCUAAACCAACUCAGUCUGGACACAGCAGAAGUAGCUUUUGUACACUGCCAAAAUUACCAGGGGAUCGAGUUUGUGAAGAGCCUCCGUAACAUGCAGUCAGAGAACGUCAGAAAGGUAAGAUAUGGAAUUGUAAGUAUUUGAUUUUUAUCUCUGUGGCUUUGCCUAUCGCGGAGGCUUUUUAUCACUCCAGCCACUUUGACCAAUCUCAGCUUAAGCGACCUAAUUUCAGCUCGCCACUGGAAGAGAUGGGAAGGGGAUUCUGUUCACACUUUUUGCUACUGAACAUUCAAACUGUUCGUGGCUAUCAGGACAAGCUAGACACCGUGGCUUAGGGGGCUGAUAUCUGACGAGAUACCUCGGACCUUCUCCAGAUUGGGGAUCCGACGUGCAUUGGCUUUUCUUCCGCUCUCACAGUUGUAGAGUCUGGGUUAAUGAAGUGGGUUGAGGAACUAGCAGGCGUCUGAUACUCGUAGACGGGAAGACUGUCCGGUCAACCACUUUUACUACGUUUAUCCACAGUCGCUGUUAUCAUGUUUUGCGCGAAUUGUUUUUGGUGUAAAUCACGCGCUGUUCGCCGCUGCUCGCAAAGGGUAGUAAUGAUCAUUGUCGUUUACCAGGGCCUGAGUUGAAUGUAUUAAAAGCAUAAUUGCCCCUCCUAUCACCGGGACGUAUCAGAGAAUUAGUAGGCUUUGAAAUUUAUUGACGACGCCGAUUCAUCCAGAUGAGAAUGAACAGGAACUGUCAGCUGAGGUCUGCUUGGCUCGUAAUAACCAAGUUUCCAAAUAAGGACUACGUUUCUAAUCGAAGCAUUGUUUUCCUGGAAUGAAUUUAAAUAAGAACAUUGUAAAGCGGCGUCUUUGGAGAGAAGGCCGUUGAUGUGAUAAAAGCCGUUGUCAUUUCAAUCCGACAACAGUGAUAACGAAAACGGUAGUUAUUUUAUUAUCACAGUCGAUUUUUUUCUACCUAUUGAUUUUCAGUAGAAAUUUAUUUUAGGCUGAGGUUAAGGCGUACUUCGGGGACUAUCAGGGUGCUGAAAAACUCUUUCUCAGCUCAGAUCGGUGCGACCUCGCGGUGGACCUUCGACGCCGUCUCGGGGAUUGGUUUAGAGUGGCCCAGUUGGCAAAGGAGUCCGGCGUGGUGGUUCGUGACAAAGAGCUCUCCGAGGUCUGGAUUGCGAUUGGUGAUCACUACUUCAGCAAACAAGACUGGUAAGCAAUUUCUUUCAGGGGCCCAAACGAACUUCCUGCUGUAGUCAAGCAGAGGAGGAUUUUUACAGCCUCAAACUAUGUAAAAAUGUUUUGCAGCAAGAAUUUUUAAUCGAGGGAUACUAUCUUUGCAGUUUAACGUGGGUUUUAGUUAACCAAAACUCACAAUGAACGUUUCAGCUCAGCUAGUUUUCACACAUUUUAUGGGCUUUUUAAAGUUUCUUCUAAAUUAUUUGGGUCUAACAGGCAGGCCGCUUUGGCACGACUGCGGAAUUUGGUCUGAGAGUCAGCUCCUAUUUCAGGUGAUCAGAUUGUUGUCAGACUAAAAACAUGAGAACAUGACAGGAGUAGGACGUAGCAGAAGCGAACGUUCAGACAGAUGUACGGACAGAUAUCACAACCAUUAGUAUUAUCGUUAAUCUGGCUAGUCUUGAGUCUCUUUUUGUCCCCAGGAGGUUCUUAGUCGUGUGGACGGUUAUCUGCUCCUUGCAGAAGCCCCACACCCGUCGCAUUAUUUCCGCCAAAUAUAUCAGAGGAAGGGAGAAAUCACGGUUUGCAGGAGAGAUGAUCUCUAUCCCAGAAAUUUAUCGCAGCCUGGAAACGUUUUUUAGGUUACUUAGGACGCUGAGAGGACAUUAUACGGUGAAUUAGAAAAAUAUUCAGUGUUGAAUUUGGACGGACACUUUGUAUCCGAAGAAUUGUACAUGCGUCGUCGAAAUUCAAAUCUGAUCACCAUGGACUUUCAAAACGUCCUUGAGAAGUCAAGGGUGCAAGUCAUAGUUGGGGAUUUGCGGAUCGAAUAAGUUCGUUCGGGGUUGUCCACUGGUAGAAUAACAUUACCGACAAAGACAAGGCUGUGUUAUUUUGCCUAUAUUACGCGUCGCUGUGCGGCUGUUGGUCGGGCUCGAGAGAGCUCCAAGGCACAACGGGACGAGUAAGUUCCGUAACACGAUCGGUGAACACCCUGCACCAGGGCUGUCCAUUAGAUGCUGCACGACCAGUCGAACAUCACCCUCGGAGCAUUCACGUUCCACACGGUCACUGAGUAUCCUUUUUGUCGUGAGUUUAACUUCAAGAAACCUAGUUAUUGCGAGCACUUUCUGCUUUCAAAGAUAGUACUGCUUAAAGUGCCCUCUAAUGCUCCUGCCGGCAUGCGGCGUCCUAAUUUACUUACGGCGCCAUUAUAAAAGGAAGCAAAUUGAAGACAAAUACAAAGUUACAUAGGCAUUGUUGACUUCAGUGGUCUUCCCUGAGGUUUGUUCAUAACAAAUUUAUUUGGGGAUUUUCAGAAGACAAAAAGCCUUUCCCUACUGUCUCCACUGUUUUCUACACAGGGCCCAGGCUGCAGAUCUAUACAAACAAGGUGGGGAGUACAAGAAGUUGGUGCGCUGUCUUAACCUCCUGGAGGAUUACACUGAUCUAGAGAACGUUGUCAGCGAACUUCCUGAUGGACACCCUCUUCUUCCGGAGCUGGCGGAUAUCUUUUCUAGCAUUGGUCUUGGCCAACAGGCGAUUUUCGCUCUCAUGAAGGUGCCUCGACUUUGAAUUAUUUACUCUUGCAAAUAUGUUUACUUAUUAAUAAUAGAUAGUUAGUAUUUACUCCCGGUAUAUGUGCGCGUAAUGGAGGGGAAUGGUCUAGCGCAGAACCAUUUAUUUAUCUUUCUGGGUUUUCGAACUCGUGCAGGAGUCUAUCGUCAGAGAUAAAAACAGCAACUGAAGUAGUGAUAGUUAUAGGGGACGUUUCUUAAUCAUCGAUCAGUGACGGAGGUAUGGAGGUGACUCUGCAGAACUUUGUCUGCUGACGUCAGGCUGAUACACAUCGACUGACUGAGUUCUCACCCGAGACCCAAGCUUCAAUCAAUUUUCGGCCUGCCUCGUUUCCGGCGUGUACGAUUGUCACUCUGGCCGCGAAGUCAAACUCGCGACCCGUUUAGAAGUUGCGGACAGCCACUUGUGACAAUUCGUCGUCCGUUGUACAUCCAAUUAAUGUUUAUGGAGCAUGCGUUCAGUUUUACCUGUAUGGUUACAUGGGCAAUUUAGUCACGGAAUGCGAUGUCCUAUUCCAGUCUGCUCCUUGACGCUUAAUUAGUCCCUGCUUUUCGUCACCCUACUGCGCAUAGUAGCUUGAGCUGGAAAGAUUCAUGAUGAAGAUUGCAUCAGGCCCUAGAAAACCCUACAGCUCCAUUCUAUCACAGAUUCGCGUUUGUAUCCGAUUGCAGUUUGAAACGAGGCUUUGCUCCUACCAAGACAAACAAAAUGUUGAUUUGGCCACUUACUAACGUAAAAUUUGAUGCUAACCCACGUAUUUGGUGUCGUAUUUCUCGACGCGCAAUAGUGUGCCCGAUAUAAGGAAGCCAUUGAUGUCUGCCUGGAGCUGAAUGAAUGGCAAAUUGCCCUCGACCUGCUGCCGGCGCUCAGCGGUGACAGCGAUGUGUCCGUCAGCAAGAGACGCCUCGACAACCAACUGAGGGCCUCUGUCCUACACCUGCUUGAACAAGGUUGGACGGUCCAGGCCGUUGAAUUGCUCAAGCGUGCUGGACACUACCUGGACGCCGCCAAGCUGAUGCUACGCGUGAGUUUUUCCUCCCCACAACACUGAUAGGUUCAGUCAGUUUGGCCUGUCGAAACUGCUCUUGGUAUACACCUCAUAAAAUUAAAAAUGUUUUAUUGAGCACCUGCAUCCCACCGUUAAUGCAAAUGAAAAGGUGUCCACAAAAAAUCAGGGAAUAUUUAAGUGAGCUAGUACAGCAACCAAUUUAUACACACAAUAAGGAAUGAAUGUCGAAGUGGGUGCUUGACGUAACUGUCGAUGGUCAAGGAGUCCGAGUUGGAAUCCCACUUUUUAUAAAUUUCGACGCAGGUAUAGCUGGCUGGGGACUACCGACAAGUCUAAAAUGACCAUCCCAGUCUCUCUUACCUCUGUCGAUACUUAGGCAUGCACUUAGGCUGGGUGGUAUGAAAAACGGUUUUCCCGUUUUAAAUGCAUACGGUAUUGGGCCGGUUUCUCAAGCAAACCGCUUUGUCGUCAUUUUUGGCACAAAAAUUAUCUGUCUUGGCAUCAUUGUCUUUGCAGAAAAAACCUAUUUAACAUUCUGCUUCCUUUUUUUAUUUCUGAGAUCUUAAAUGCUGUCAGAAUGUCCCAGUAUAAUUGGCCGACCGCUAAAUCAUGUCGCCCAGUAGAUAUCUUCUUUUGCUAUUAAACCUAUUUUGAAAAAAAAUGGAUCGAUUGCCAGGAUAACAUCUGUCCGAGGACACUGGUACUUGACUGAUAGGUUGUGAUGCCCGUUGAAUUGACUGUGAGAAUGAUGGAUCGUGUACAGAGCAUAGCGAACAACUUCCACACUGCACAGGUAUGGCCAGCGGAUGGAUGCCAUCAUGUGAAAAGGCCUUAGCCAUCGCAUACAGACUACGCUGUUACCUUGUUCCGAUGUCAGAAACAAGAUUGGGCAAUUUCACAUUGAAAAGUAAAUUAACUCAGACCAAGCCCAUAGUUCGGCAGGUGGUCUACCAAAAUAAAAGGUGACUGGAACGUACUGCUACCCAUGAGUCUAAGCCGAACCUUGGAAAACUGUGCUUAUGUAGCCCCACCUGUUGGGCACAAUACUGUUGGGGUUGGGGAAAGGGUUAGGGGCAAGGUGACGAUUUCUCCACCACUCAAAGCACAACCGCGCACUCCCAAUAGCUUUUUCUUUAAAUAUAAUUACUUGACGUCGUCGCCUGUGCGUACUCCGGCCCCACCUGUAAAAAUCCCUAUUACCACCAGUCCCGUAUUACAGGUGGCUGCGGUUUGUUUACUUCAGGUGGGGCUACAUAACUACAUCUAACCCGAACCUUUAUCUGUGUUUCUCCUGUCAUCACACGAACUGUUCCUUAUCUUUUUCUGCACGUUGGUUGGAGUUAAUGUUCAUAUUACUAGAUAUCAUUUGAUGGUCCUCAUAUGCUUCUUUCAGGAGGCCCAGUCAGCGGCGAAAGCGGGAUGUUCCCUGCGCAAAGUGAAGGAGAUUUACGUCCUGGUUGGCCUGCUGGUAGAGAAACACCACGAUCGGGUGAGAUAUGAGCAGGAGAAUAGGCUGGGUGAUGGCCGAUGCCAGGAGGUUCGUUUAAUAUUUUGCCGGCUGCUCCCUCCCCUAUGCUUGGCCGGGAAACAAUCCCCCUCCACUCCCCUCUCUCUCUUUUUGCUUUCAGUCUACCACGAUUCUUGAAUCACUGCUCAAUCAGACUGUGGAUGAGGAGGAAGAGGGUGAAGGGGACGCGACGGAAGAAGAUGAGGAGGAGGAUGCGGAGAAGGGGGUUGCGCAGAACGGACAGAAAACCCUCUUCAUGGAGGAAUUCGGCGAAGACGGCGGCCGAGGUGACCUCGGUAGCUGCAAGACUGUCGCCGAAUCCGGCGGAAGGAGGCAGAAGACAAAACAGAACAGCGGACGGAAGCGUAAGAAGGUGACAUGUCCGCUGGCGAAACGUCUCCUGCUCAGCACUUACGAGGUGACUCGCCUGGUCGACCAACCCUGGCGCGGCGCAGAGGCCUACCACUUUCUCAUGCUCUGUCAGAACCAACUCUACUCAGGGCAUUACGAACAUGCCCUGAGGACAGCACUGCUUCUGAGAGACCUGGAUGACAUAAUCGAACCACAGAAGGUCUACUCCAUCAUUGGUGAGUCAUGCCUCGCUCUCACAUCUUGUCCCUUUCAGCUCUUUGCGCCUUGUCGGCCCGAGCCUUUGCUACGGCCUCGAAGGCCUUCCUGAAGCUCAAGAACUUGCCAAACUGGAGUCCGGCCGAAAGAGAAGAAUUGGAGAAUCUCGCUGUCAAUAUUUUCAGCAGGUAAGACGCUUUUACUUUGAAAUGAAAAAGGCUGUCCUUUUGCGUUCUAACGAACUUGAGAAGUAAUCUCAUCCAUCGCCCUAUUUAAUGCAACUUAUUGGCAUGUAAAUGUUCCCUUAUCUCUGUUGUUGGUUCGAAAAACCCUUCGGGUUGGAUACCAGUGUCGCAACACUCCGUUACUGAUGCUAGUAUUAUUGCAGUUAGUUACCCAUACUGUAAGCGUUGGUAGAGUAGCAUUGGCAGCCGUGGUGGCGGUGGUAGUAAUAGUAGUACUAAUAGUAGGAUUAUUAGUAGUGUUCGCCGUAUCAGUGGUGGUAGACGGGGGGAAAAGUUUUCUUCAGUGUUGCGACACUGUUUUCCCGCCAGUGGUAGUAGUAUUAGUAGUAACAGCGGUAGUAGUGGUAAUAGUAGCAGUAGUAGUGGUGGUGGUAGUAGUAGUAGUAGUAGUAGUAGUAGUAUUAGUGGUAGUAGUAGAAGUAGUAGUAGUAGUAGUAGUGCGCCCGUAAGACAGGCUGGUGGGGAAGGAGACAAUUCUAAGUGUUGCGACACUGUAUUCCCGCCACCCUUCGUGUCCUGCAAUCAGGGUGGGCCGCCACACACCACUUCCAAUCGAACUCUUAGAAUAUGUUCCUUCUUGGGACUAAUUCAAAGCCAGAUUGCAGUACUUGGAUCUGAUUGUGCAGCCGUACAUACGGAAAAUAAUACUGUUAAACUGCUGAUUUACUUUGAGUUGGGGUAAUUACGUUGAUCUGGUGUUUGUCUUUUCCUCCUUCGAGUUGUCUGGGUUAGGGGUUGAUGGUUAGUGUUAGGCGUUAGGGUGGGGUAAGGGGUUAGGGUUAGCGUUAGGGGGUUAGUGUUAGGUGUUAGGACUAGGGGUUAGGGUUUGGGAUUAGGGUAAGAGGUUAGUUUUGGAGGUUAUGAUUUAGGAGUAGGGGUUAUGGUUAGUGCUAGGGUUAGGAUUAGUGGCUAGGGAUAGGGGUAGGGGCUGGGGUUAGGGGUUAGAUUUAGGGCGAGUGUUAGGGUGUAGAGGUUAGGGGUUAUGGCCAAUGUUAGGGUAACAGUUGCGGUUUGGGUUAGAGUGAGGGCAAUCCUAUCCCUUACCCUUACCCUACCCCUAAGCCUAACCCCAGCACUAACCCAAACCCUAAGACUAACCAUAUCUCAAAACUCGAAUGCAAGACUGUCAUUUUCCGGUUCAGCAAUGUGCAGGUAUGCUAUUUCAGCAUAAUCUCGCUUACCGAAAACAAAUCAGUAGUUCGGAAGUGUAAUCUCCAUCAUGUGCCGCUGCACAGCAUGUCUAAUGAUGUUGGCCACGCGUUGUCACUGGCGGUUGGUUGGUUGGAUCCCCAACCAUAUUUUCAUCAUUGGCGCCUCCUUCUCAGCCCAUUUAAAGUUUUAUUGCACACUUCAUUAACUCAUUUUCUUCACAGCUAUCCCACUGACUUGUUCGAUUGUCCCACCCGUAAAAUCCCCUUUGCCACCAAUCCCGUAUUACAGGCAGUUAGGGCUAGGUUGCUUCAUGGACGGCUGCAUACUAAGAUCUGACCCAGCAUUGUUAUCGUAUGUGAAUCUACCAGGGAACAGACAAAUACGGGGAAAAGAGUGGUGUCGAAUAGACCUACGCGACAUAAUGUUGAUGCCUUAUUCCAUUAGUACAGAAGAUUUAUCUACGCGGCCUUCGGCCCGCUUAGCAGACCUGCCAACCACUGCUCGCGCGCGUGUGACCCAGGCCUCGGUUUGUCGACGCCCUGACGCCGGUCUUUACUUUUGUCCUUACUGAUUGGUCACAGCCGCACAAAGCUCGGGUACAUACACAACUUUGCGCCUGGGCGGACAGCUUAGACAGCCGACAAGGCUGGUGAGAAAACCUACUGACACUGCUGACUGGGCCGCGUGUGCAACUUGCAGCCUCAGUAAAAAUUCUAAUAAUUAUGUCUCCCCUUGACUUUUGUUUUGGUGGUCCUCGGGUUGUCGAUCAUCGCACUUCGAUAUAACCACCCAGGAGCCGAUACCAAACGCUUCCCAUACAGCCGUGUUCGUACUCCAGUAUGUACGCGGUUUACCGUAUGGAGGAAAAGCAUGAAUUGACUGAUCUACUAUAUGACCAUGGUUUUGGGUUCUAGAUCCGAAACGUGAAUACUUAUAAUGACCCAUGAGGGGUUUUAAUGCAGUUUGGUCAUAGUAUUCCACUUUUUCACCUUUAUUAUUUUCUUUGUUAAGGUAUCCGCCAAAGAAUCAGGUGAAAUCUUCCAGUUCAAUGGAAUUGGACGCAAUGCUUGAAAGGUGGGCUCAAGUUCUGUUUUCUCAACGUAUAGACUAUCCCUACUUGUUCUCCACAUAAAGAAGAAUUUUGUAAGGACGCAAAAGUCUAUUUUCUGUGAUGUUGUCACUUAAAGCGAGCAUGGACAGCAGAAUGUAUUGGUGCCAGUAAAUUUCGCGACGGCUUCUCAACUGCAGCCUGUCGUUGCAUAACACAAAUACCAAGUGAGACAGGUACAGAGGUUUGAACUUCGACAGAGAAAAUCAAUAUAAAACAGCAAGGUCAUCGUAUACUGCGCGUAGACUAAUAAAUAAAAUAUUAACUUCAAAACGCAACAUAGGAAAGAAAAUGGGGAAGUAAAGAUGCGAAGGAAUUUCGAAAAUCAAAAGAGGCUUAGGUCUACCAGGGUAAGCUGAGGUUGACCACGUGGUCUAACUGUUUACACAGGUCGGGUUACUCCCGCCGUAUGUAGGUUGCCUCCAGGUAGCGUAAUAACCGAGUAGUUCGUGCUCGAACUAAUACUCGGAAAAACGUUUUAGGGUCAACCGAAUGGCCACUAUCAAGGAGAUGUUUUGUAAUACAGACCGUGGAAUCUUAUUCUCCUGCAUUUAGGCAGGUGCUCAACUGCUGUCCAUGCCUGCUUUAAAUUCAUUUUGGGAAAUAUUGCUUCAAGUUGUCACUUAAAAUUGAAAAUGACCCGUCAAGGCGAAGGAGAGCUCUAAAAGCUCCCAAAUGACUGAGAUGGAGCAGAAGGCCAUUUCUGGCUUGGUUGCCGUCAUUAGUCAGAACUGGUGAUGGGGGUCGCGACACGGUCGAUAAUUGAGCUGAACAAUCUGCCAGUCAUGCCACGGACUUGCUGUUUAUCAGCUGCGAUGGCUACUUUUCAAAGCCGUGCGCAGGUGACCUUUGUCACUCAAACCUGAUAGUAGGACAGAGUACGGACGGUUCAUUUUGCCUCGCGGUUCCAGUCUACGGUACUUGCAGACGGUCGCACAGAGUCGAACAAUCAAAAAUCAUCUGAUCAAUUACAAACUAAAGAAUCAAAAAACUGUUCGCCGUCGUCAGCUCAGAUUACCCCCACCCCAGGUUGGGGACUCUGAACUGAUGAUUCAUUGCUAAAGAGCACGCCCUCACUUCUGUCCCUAGGUCAAACGAGAUCAAUGAACACCACUGCCACGCGCCAUUGAUGGUUGCCUGUUUGUCGUAUAUGUCUUGCAGUUAAAUCAGCGAGAUGCGGAUUCAGUCUCCCGAUUUGUGGGUCUGGAGGCAACUAAAGUUCAUACGGAUAGAUAAAGGAUGAGUUGUAAUAGAGAGUUAAUAACUACCCCGGCAAGACGUCGCAUUCGGGGGGAGUUUGGAUAUGUGAGCUUUAAUAUUAAAUUACAUUAUGUGGUUGGUUCUGCCGGUACCGUUCUUGCAUGCAUGAUGGCCAGCAUUUAGCAAUGAAGUUGGCCUGGCGUUUAGAGUUGCCGCAUUCACGGGAACCAGUGAGGUCUAGGGGUUAAUUUCCACGGGCUGGUUAUAUUACGCUUUAUCCGCGCGGUUUUACGUAUAAAUGGUGUGCAAUGCCCUCUGUGGAUUCUAUUAUACGCUAUACUGUUUCUACUUAUUUCCCUAUAACAGUUUUCUACGUUUUUCGCGAAAGUGCAAUUAACAAAGAAGUAUAAAUUCAACAAGAAUGUAAAUGGUAGGCAUAACCGAAGGCUGUGCUCCCUACUUUGCCAAGUUUUGCUACAGUCUGUGAUAUUUCAAAAAAAAACAGAAUAUUUCCUGGUCAGAGCAGUGAUAAACGAGGAAAGUAACGGCUAGAACUCGAGCACCGCCGGACAGCAGUCGACUCACAGACCUAAUUUUUUGUUGGAUUUGUCCCUUUGGCGUUGCAACGGCCGCGCUUCGCGGUUAUGCGAUAUUUUUUUGUUUCGGAUUCAAGGAAGCGGACGUACUGUUCAGUCUAGUGUCGGCGGCUGGGACCCAUGUGGCGGCGCACAUUUUCUGAUUGCACGCGUUUUCUCACUUCCCGUCUUUAACCGAGACCUGUCUUCACUGCUUGAUAAUUAAAAGCCAUAAAAUAUGAUGGCAGCUUGAUGCCGCGCACUGCCCGUGGGAUAAUUUGUUCAAUUUUUUUCACAAUUAAGAAAGCGCUGACUGUUCUGUUGAUCAUUUCUGGCCUGUUGUUCUGGCUGUUUGUUACUUUGGUUGGCGAAGCUCGCUCAUAGUAGUUUUUUAGAUGAUUUGCUGUUCGACAUAUAGGUGUUUGCUUACUCUCCAUCUACCGACCUACGGGGCACAGUCAACCUGAGCUGUUGCUCACACGAUAUCGGGGAGGGAGAGCUAACACCUGAUUGGUUGAAAAUAAAUGCGGCGGCUGAGUCACGCUCGCGUACGCACGUGCGUCGUAAGCGCGCGCCCCUCGAACGGCGUCUCAUCGGCACAUUCCCGAGCCCAUUUGAGGUUGCGAAACUACUCCACAAAGUGGUACACGCCGCCGGAAAAGUCAACCGCACGUUUGCGUGGCUGCAGAAGCUUCAAUUAGUUAAUAGCAUCGUUUGACAAGACAAUCGGUGGUUGAUGCGCUUAGGGUUAAUUUUUGCGAAUCAGCUGCCAGUUCUCACGAUGAUAGCUAAGGCUGUCUGCAUUAAUUUCAACAUGGAAAUGAUUAGUGUGGUCAUGGAGUUUGACGCUCUACCACUAAGCCACGGACCCAUUGUCCUCUCGGUUGUGAUCGGGAAUAUCAAUUAUUACGGACGGGCGCUCACCAAGUUUUGCUUCGAAUCUGCGAAGACAAUUGUAGACGUCAUAUAUUAUAGCAUUCAAAAUGCGAUAUCUGUUUUUGCACGAAAGAAAUCUCCCAGCCUUAUUUGGCAACGUCGGUUUUAGACGAAGAGACUUCGGCAACUCACCGUGAUCGUGAGAGCGAUGGAGGAAGGUCAACUGUUCAAAAGUUAUCGUCUGUCUCUGUGCGAAUUUCUCCCAACGUCUGGUAAGAAUAGACGUUUGACGCACAAAUAUGCGUUGGAGAUCAGAGGUGGUAUGCAUUCGGAAUCGGUAUAGAAUGAUGACACUCAGUGGUCCCCAAAUAACACACGCGUAUGACCUUCCAAAAGUGCACAAUGUGGAUGCUCUGCUGAGGACUAUAGUGCCACUCAUCGGACCACCUACUUACAGUAAAACUAAGUCGCUUACUCAGGGAUCGGACUGCACCAUUAACAACUCUCGCGCAUUCCUCCACGGGAUCCAAGGCCUCAAAGUAUGUACUGAUGAAUGCCUCCUGUCUUUUGACAUCGUUGCCUUGCUUUCUCACAUACCACACGAUUUGGCAGUCGGAUGCAUAGCCCAAAGUUACAAAAUGAUCCUAUUGAGAUCUCAACUCAGCAGGUUAUAGAACUGCUCAAACCCUGCUUUAGGAACUAUUGCCAAUACGGCAAUAAGUACUACAACCAUGCAGAGGGAAACCCGAUGGGUUUGCCAAUUUCAGGACUGAACGCCGAACCAGUGUUGUAGCGAAUAGAAGAGGAAGUUUGUCAAAUUAUCCAGCCCAGAAUGUGACUUUGCUGAGUAAAUGACACCUUUGUCGCAAUAAAGAACUACAAAGUCGAACGGUUGCAUCAGAGACUGAAUAAUGUCUUCUCAACCGUACAGUUUACCCGUGAAGAGGCAAUUGGAUACUGUUUGCCGUUUCUGGAAGUGAGGAUACAAAAGUUGACCAAUGGUAGCCUCGCAACAAGCAUCUAUCGGAGAGAAUAUAAUUCUGAGAUUAUCCUCAACUAUGCAAGCAACCACCCUGAAGUCCAAAAAGGAGACUGUGUCUGAACUCUGUUGCAUCGGGCCUACCGUUAUUGCAACAUCAACGACCUCCUCAAGAAAGAGCUUGCUCACCUGUAGCGGUUAUUUCGAUCUAGCGGAUAUCCGAUCAGCUUGGUUGCCUCAGGCAAUAGGCACAGUCGCAAGACACCACACCCAACGGAAAUAUUGUGGCACGAAAAUUCUACUUCCUGCCAUAUAUACGAGGAACUUCUGAAAUAAUCUCCCAGCGUUCAAAUCGCCUGGGCGUUCACGUUGCCCACAAAUCGCCAUCCUCACUACGCGCAGCACUAUCUCAAGUCAGAGAUCCCAUCCUCGAAGGGCAACAAAGAAUGUAUUUUGUCGCCUCCUGAGCGCAGAUGUCUCCUGCGUGUAUGUUGGUCAUACGGGUCGACGCCUGGGCACCAGCGUAAAUGAACACAAAUUAGCUAUCCGUCGACGAGACCUCCUGUCCCUCGCCCUUGCCUAUGGACUCGAGUACAAUCACCGAUUCAAUUGGGAUGGCAUUGAGGUCGUCGCCAUGGCUAAUACAAAGCGAGCGAGGGAAUUUCUCGAGGCUUGGUGGUCCAAUGCGGGUAGUAUCAACCGCCAUGUUCACCUGCAUGCCCAUUACGACGGUGUGCGUUCAUGAAUGACUGACCCCUGCCCUAUUCGCACAUCAACAACCGCGAAUACUGCCACCGGCAGUCCAACUGAUCCACCAUCCACCCGCCUGCCCUUCCAGCACAAGGAGCCGUAGUUGUCCCGCAAACUCUCCCCUCCCCUCUCCCCUCACUCAGAAUCUUGUCAUGACUUCGGGACCACUCCCUUACACACCAAUGGGCUGCCUGUCCUGUCUCACCAGAACUGUUUCGGGCUUAUUAUACCUUAAUGAGAUUAAUCAUAACUCUAACUAUUAUCUGGAAUCAGAGAUACAAGCAUGCACACGGAAACAACGUAUGUGAUCUUCAGAGAAUGUCUAUCAGAUGGGUCAUGAGCACUAACUCAGGAUGAUGUUUGUUUGCGUACCAUCUCUACCGGUCCUCCCUGCCGGCGUACACCGGAUAUCUGUUUACACAGGAAUGUUCACACACCGCUUCACUGGCCUUCCAACGCAGACAACCCCCGAAUUGGCGGCAGAGGUCAAGAACAGACCGAAUUCGGCCAAGGUGCGAUAGUAAAAAAGACGACAACUUUCGAAGAAGAAAUGCUUAUCCGGAAACUAAGUGUGACAAUGCAUAGUCCGUCCGCCGCAAACUGCGUGGACUACCAUUGUCUUGAGGUCCGGGUAGUGACCUACGCACGAGUCGGGCGUACAGUAAUAGGGCCCCACGCGAACUGUGUUUUGCUCUCUCGUCUCACGCUCGUCUUUCUCUGCUGACUGGAUACAGGCGUGAGCGCAGCGACUGAAGAGGUCGGAUCCACGCCUACGUGUGCUACGUACGUGCUGCUCUCAGAUCUCUCAUCGGAGAUAGUUGGCAUAGAGAGCACUUUAACAAUGAGUCAAUGCAGCCUUAUCUUCAGUUCGAAGGAGGACUAGUAAGUUGAUAGAGACAUUGGAAAAGACCUUAGUUUAUUAACUUGUUGGCUAAAUGGGGACUACGAACCUUCGGCAAUAUGCAGACACCCUGGGGAUGCAGUUAGUGACUACUGAGCGAGCGCAUCAAAUGCAGUCGUUUUGCUGAGACACACUGCCCGCCUCUUUGCAAAGCGCUCAGUUCUGGGUCCACGCAAGGCGGGUGGAAGUCUGCUUGGUCAGAUGUAGUUAUGUAGUCCCACCUGAAGUAAACAAACCCCAGCCGCAUGUAAAACGAGCCCGGUGGCAAUAGGGGUUUUUACAGGUGGGGCUGUAGACCGCGCGGGCGACGAGAUCAAGUACAGUGCGUGACCGAUCUCAUGAAAUGUUGGCCAAAAUUCUGGAAUGCGUUUCCGAUUAGGAAGGACUACUUAAGGGGGGUUGUUAUACUGAUUAUCAUGCAGCAUAAGCCUAUAACAUUUCGGACUCGCCAGGAUGUCGGCUUUUGAAUGCCCCUCUAAUUAACCUCCUGCAGAAACCAUACUCGGCAAAAAAUGAUUACAUAAGUAGCAUGCAUUUUUCCUAUUGAUUUUCGACGGUCUUAUAAAUUCAAAUAUAUUUUAUAAAAAACAUGCUCAAAAUAUGCUUUCUUUUUCUCAUUUGGUAGAAAAUCACAUUUUUUUCAUAUUUUAUGCCCAAAUAAAGUGUAUAUUUAAUUUUGAAAGUAGUUUCCCAAUUCAGGAAUAAUAUUCAGCCUAAUCUGUCAUAGCAUCAGCGUUUAGAAAUUUCAGCCUACAAGGUGCAUGCUUUUCGCGUAAGGAAAAUCAUAUAUUCCUCUAUGCCUUUAAGAAGAUACCACAUAGUGUUCAUGAAAUUUUGCAAUGGAUCCGGACUGUGUCGUGAAUUUCAUGAGGAGCAUUAGUAAACGGUCACGUGCGGUCUUGCAUGCAUGAACAUCGCACGGUCUUAAGAAUCUCAUAAUUAGAAACUUUUUUAAAACCAAAAUAUACACCUUUUUGGGCAUAAAAUAUGAAGACAAUGUGAUUUUCUACCAAAUGAGAAAAAGAAAGCAUAUUUUUGUGCAUGUUUUCUGUAAAAUAUAUUUGAAUUUAUAAGACUGUCGAAGAUCAAUAGGAAAAUGCAUGCUACUUAAGUAAUCAUUUUUUGCCGAGUAUGGUUUCUGCAGGAGGUUAAUUAGAGGAGCAUUCAAAAGCCGACAUCCUGGCGAGUCCGAAAUGUUAUAGGCUUAUGCUGCAUGAUAAUCAGUAUAAAAACCCCGCUUAAGUAGUCCUUCCUAAUCGGAAACGCAUUCCAGAAUUUUGGCCGACAUUUCAUGAGAUCGGUCACGCACUGUAGUGGUAUGCAAAAGAAAAGCCAUUAGGAAUGCCCGGUUUUAUUUUGAGGGGUUGAGAAAGAGUCGUCCUAAUCCCUAACCGUAACCCUAACCCCAACUGUAUUGUUUUAAUCAGGUGAGGUUACAUAACCACAUCUUAACGUCCGCCUAUUCAAUCUAAUGCACUCUGAGCAUUUACUUGCGGGUUUGUCUUUUGAAAUUAACCCAGACUCUCUCCUAUACAAGCUGACGUCACAGGCCACUGUCAUUGGUCAAUUUACGCCUUGCUGGCUUGAUUACUCACAUGUCAAACGGAAUAUUGAUUUUCGUUCAGGUGGUCAUCCGCGUAUGUAGCUUCCCCCUAACGAGUUGUUAAGCAGCAAAUUAUGGAGAAAAUAUUGUUACUGCAUGUUCUUUUUCUCUGUCCGAUAGGCGUUGAUACUUCUAGCUGGCUUUGAAAUUAUCUCCCCCCUUUCUCAUUUGCGAAUUACCAAACGAAAAUCAUUUGCGGGCAGAAACGUUUGGACCGCAGUCGCGCCUUUCCACACUUUCAGAAGCGCGAGUGCCUCUGGCCUCUGAUUGGUCGGGCAUCUGUCGCUGACGUUCUGUGAAUAAACAACCGCACGCAUUAGCAACCGGCAUCCCGGCGGAGGGGAGUUUUAAUGAACGACGAGACUGGUAGACAGGCUGAGGCCCUAUGCGGCUCGGUCGAGAGUUUAGGGAUCGUGUUCUAAGAAGAGUGCCUUUUAUUCAGACGGACGGAAUAAACUGCAAGUGUCGCAUGCUGGGUGGUGAUGAGGAGUUCGGCUUGCCACUGGAUCUCCCAGGGUCCUCCAUGUAAAAUCAAAUGUCCAGUUCAUUUUUUGCAAUGCUGACAUUAAAUUUCCGUCGGAAGUUGACGCGUGAGCCUGAACUAUAGGGCUUGGGAUAAGGCCUCUUGUUCACUCAAGUAUUUGAGGGGAACUUCAUCAACUUCAGUGGAAGAACCAUGUACUAUUCACGGCUGGAAAUUCAGUAGCAAUGUUAUCCGAACGUAGUGAGAACAUUAAUGGGCUUCCAACACAGAGAUCGCCUUGUCCAGUCAACUAGAUCUUGCCCCAGGAACUUUGUUCCAGGCUCGUGCACCGAUGUCUGAAGCAGCUAUAGCCUUAACGACGUGAACAGUCUUCACGUACGUGCCUUGCUGCCAUGACUUUACGGAUGUUAGAUCGAGCAUAUAUUUCCUAGAGGUUCAGGUCUGAGACUGGUGGAUUCACCCUUUUCAUCUGGUGCAUGCUAGGAAAACAGAUGGCAUUGAAAAUGACGAUUACCCUGUCCCACAUGGGGCUUUCAGACGAUUCUGAGCUGGUUUGUUUAUAAAUGCCAAAUUUCCACUUAUUUUGGAUGCGCAUUUUAGCCACAGGAACAGUUCUGGGUAAAAAAUUUCGCCUCGUAUGGUCAUGUGGACAGUUAUUCCCUGAUAAGAAUUAGGCACCAAAGUAAUUUUUAUGAUAUUCCCCCUUUUUUCAAUCUAGUGAGACGAAAAUACCAAUCUGCGCGGUGACGGGCCAACCAGUGACAGACUACCAAUUCUGGAUGUGCCCUACCUGUAAGCACAGCGCCUACGAGACGGAAAUCACACGAAUGCGGAAUUGUCCUGUUUGUCAUUUUCCUAUACAAUAA